AUGACGUUAACCGUUUAUGUUGGAUGUCCCAUAGUAGUUAAAGGAUGGGAGUACAGGGGUAUCCCUAUGUCGGGUUUGGAUGUAAUCCUGGGUAUAGGUUGGCUAACUACCAAUCAUGUGGUAAUCGAUUGCGCCCAGCGACGUUUGAUUUUUCCUGAGCAGCAAGGCUUACAAGAAAUGAUUCCUACAUGCCAAGUAGAGGCAGCUCUUGAUGAGGGAGCAUCAUGCUUUAUUCUUUUAGCUGUUAUGGAUGUAAAGCAAGAGCAAGAACUUCAGUCAGUACCGGUUGUGCGAGAUUUUUCCGAAAUCAUUCCUGAUGAUGUUCUUGGAGUACCUCCAACCAAGAAGAUAGAAUUUGGUAUAGAUUUGGUCCCUAGAGCUGAACCAGUUUUGGUAGCACCUAAUCGGAUGGUGUCGAAGGAACUGAUGGAGUUGAAGAAUCAGAUUGAGGAUCUGAUGCCGAAAAAGAUGAUUAUUCCAAGUGUAUCGCCUUGA